AAAGAAAGAAGUAAGCCACAUAAAUCUGACCGAGAACACAAGAAUCUUAAUUUGAAUCCACAAAGUUUUGGAUAAUGAAAAGAAAUACAUAAUUUUAAUUCAUCCCAAGUGUUUUCCAGGCAGAUUAUAUUUGCUUAAAUUGCUUCAGUAAUUCAAGAGACAGCCCUGUUUGGACAUACAGUUACUGUGGAUUUUUAAGAGACUCGGUUAAAGAAUUUAGGAAUUUCUGAUUCAUUUACAGGAUUUGCAAAUUCAUCAACCUCUGAAAACUAAAGCAAACUCAACAGGACAAAAAAAGAAUAUGGGCUUUUUAGGUCCAGUAUGUGUCCUUCUCUUAUUUCUUGGAGUCAAGGUAUAUUGCCAAUAUGAAAGUUAUCAAUGGGAUGAAGAUUAUGACCAAGAAUCAGAUGAUGUCUACCAACCAGAAUUCCAGUAUCAUCAAAAUGUAGACUACAGAGUACCUUUUCAUCAGCAUACUUUAGGCUGUGCCAGUGAAUGCUUCUGCCCACCCAACUUUCCAUCAUCAAUGUACUGUGAUAAUCGCAAACUCCAGACUAUUCCAAAAAUUCCAUCACACAUUCAGCAAGUCUAUCUUCAGUUCAAUGAAAUUGAGGCUGUGACUGCCGAUUCAUUCAUGAAUGCAACUCAUCUUAAAGAAAUCAAUCUCAGCCACAACAAAAUUAAAUCUCCAAAGAUUGAUCAUGGCGUGUUUGCUAAGUUGUCAAAUCUACUACAACUUCACCUACAGUAUAACAGUUUAGAAGAAUUUCCGUUUCCUCUUCCGAGGUCUUUGGAAAGACUUCUUCUUGGUUACAAUGAGAUCUCCAGACUGCAGACAAAUGCCUUGGAUGGGCUAGUAAACUUGACCAUGCUCGAUCUCUGUUAUAACCAUCUUGAUGCUUUCACGUUACAAGACAAAAACCUUGCCAAAAUGGAAAAUUUAAUGCAACUCAACCUAUGUAAUAACAGAUUGGAAUCAAUGCCUCCUGGGUUGCCUUCUUCACUUAUGUAUCUUUCUUUAGAAAACAAUUCAAUUUCUUCUAUACCAGAAAAUUACUUCAGUGAACUUCCGAAACUUCAUGCUCUGAGAAUGUCACACAACAAACUACAAGACAUUCCAUAUAAUAUUUUUAAUCUUUCCAACCUUAUAGAGCUCAAUGUUGGACACAACAAACUGAAGCAAGCAUUCUAUAUUCCAAGAAAUUUAGAACACUUAUACCUAGAAAAUAAUGAAAUUGAAAAUAUCAAUGUUACAGUGAUGUGUCCAUCUGUUGACCCACUAUUUUACCACCAUUUAACAUACAUUCGUGUGGACCAAAAUAAGCUAAAAGAGCCAAUAAGCUCAUAUAUUUUCCUCUGCUUCCCUCAUAUACAUAGUAUUUAUUAUGGUGAACAAAGAAGCACUAAUGGUCAAACAAUACAACUGAAGACCCAAGUUUUAAGGAGAUUUCAUGAUGAUGCUGAUAGUGAAGAUGAUGAUGAUGAUGGUCAUGAAGGCCCAGAACAAGAAGAAACAGAAGAAAACAUGGACCCUCACUACUACGGAAGUCAAGAAUGGCAAGAAACUAUAUAGAUAUACAUAUAUGACUUCACAAAAUCUUAUCGCUCACAGUGAUAUAUCCAGAAUUAUGUAUUAGUAUAAGAUCAAGUACUUAAAUUUAAGUUGUUGGUAACAUCUUCGUCAUUACAUAGAAUUAGAACUUACUCAAAAUGAUACAAGUCUUUAAGAAUAUAAAUUAGAAUGACAAGUGGGACUCAAACACUAAACUUUAAACAAUUUUGUCGUGUUGAGAAAAACAGCAAGUAGGCCAUUUCUAGUAAUAGUAAUUUUUCUAAGAAUGAUGAAAGAAAUAGUGUUAGAAGCUGAGAACUGUAAGCCAUUUGCUUUGAAUUAUUAUGAGGAUAGUUUAAAUGUCUGGAGAUUACAUUAAUAUAAUAGACAGACGUUCAUUUAAGGAAUAGAUUUAUUUCUUUGACCUGAUCUCCAAAAAAGCUCUCACACUUGCGUUUGAGAUCUCAUCCCCAUGACUCUACCAUUUAGAGCACAGGAUAUUUUUGAUUUUCAAAAGAGGCCAUCCUACUAAGUAUCCAAGGCAUGGAAUUCAUAAAAUCAACGAGUCUUGUUUUUCUCUCAGAGCACCAAAGCAACAAAAUUUUAAACCCUGUGUUUGGACAACUAAAAAAACACCAAAUUAUUUCAUCAAAAUCUGUAUUUAGCAAAUUUCAAGCAACUGUCCAAAACAAUCUUUACUGUGCUUCAUUAUAACUGGGAUAAAUGUUUUUAUAGUAAAUUCACUAAAAAAAGGUUUCUUUGUUUUAGUUACAUAAAGAUUUCCUAAUAAAUGACUGCUUUGUUCACAAGGUUAAGUUAAUGUUGGCACAAGAAAGUAUAUCAACAUUAUUAAACACUUCUAUUUUUCUAGCACAAUUAAUUAGAAACAUCUAUGUGUACCAGCCAAUGUUUAUUUACAUAGGGUUAAAGUUGAAUAGAGUUCCUUUAAAAUUUGAAUAGACCAGCUUUGAUAUCUUGUUUAAAAUCUUAAAAAUCACAUAUUAUUUAAUCUAUCAUUUUGAAGUAUUUUAAGUAUGCCUUGUAAUGAAGAUUAUCUAAUUGCUUAAUGAACUUUCUUGAUUUACCAGAAAUGUUUCUUGACUAACAUUUCAUAGAAUUCCUCAGAUAAAGAAUAAACACAAAUAUGGGGCUGUCUAUACAGAGAAGCCAAAGAACAAACAAUAAUUUGGACGAUACGCAAAGACCAGUCAAGUAAAACAGUAUUUUGAAGCAGUUUUCAAAUGGCGAGUCUUUAUUUUUCUGGAGAUGACAGUUUAAAAUGAAGCCUCUAAUGCUCUUUAUGUAAUAUAUAUAAUAACCUGCUCUAUAAUAUAUAAUAACCUGCUCUUUGAGUAGGUUAUUAGCAUUUGCAGAAACAGAACACCCACCUGACCCCAGGGACAAGCUCAACAAUCCAGAAUGAACAAAGGCAACUCUCCAUUCAUUCAUUUAAUUAACAUUCAUCAAGUCAUUUGGUAUGUAGGGCUCAGCAAUGAGAGAUCUAGCAAUGGAAUACCCAUGUAUACCUGGCGCAAAAUGCUGGCGAUGUGGGUAAUGCCCACUUUCAACAGAGGUAAAAAAUUUUAAGGAUCACCAACCUUUUAUUGAAUUUCUUAAAAAUAGGGCCAUAAAUUUGAACAUUUAUUAUGAGCUAAUAUGUAGAAAACACUGUGGGUGUUUUAGGAGAUAAGACUAUUUCUUACCAAGAAUGGUUUAAGUUAAUGAAAGACAUCAUAGAAAGCAAAUCAAAACCACAAUGAGAUACCCCUUCACACUCACAGGAAGCUCUAAGCAAACAGACAGCCAAUCACACUUGUUAGCAAGGAGGUGGGAAAGUGGAACCUUCGUGUACCACUGGUAGGGAUGUCAGAUGCUGUGGCUGUUUUACAAAGCAGUCUGGCAGUUCUUCACAAAAUUACAGUAACUAUGAUGUAGCAAUUCCACUCUUAGGUUUAUAACCAAGAGAACUGAACACAUAUGUUCACACAAAACAUGUACACAAAUGUUCAUGGCAGCCUUAUCCAUUAACAGCCAGAAAGCACACAAAUGUCCAUCAGCUGAUAAAUUUAUAAACAAAAUGUAGUCUAUCCACACAAUGGAAUAUUACUCGGCCGAAAGAAGGAAUGAAGUAAGGACACCUGCUGCAACAUGGACGAACCAUGAAAAUAUUAUACUAGUGAAAAGCCAGUCAUAGGAGACCAAAUAUUAUAUCAAUCUUUUUAAAGGAAAUGUCCAGAACAGCCAAAUCUAUAGAGACAAAGAGAUUGUUGGCUGCCUGGGGCUAGGUGGCAGCAGAAUAGAGGAAAAGUGGAGAGUGACUGAUAAUGGGUAGAGGGAUUCUUUUUGGGGUGAAAAAAUAUUCUAAAAUUGAUUGUGGUGAUGGCUGUACAAGUCUGAAAAUACUAAAAACUAUUGAAUUGUAUACUUUAAAAGUGUAAAUUGUAUGAGAUGUGAAUUAUCUCAAAGCUGUUAUUAAAAAAAUUUAACAAAGAAAAUAAGAUAAAACAAUUCAUUCUAACAUGAGGAAAGAAAUAAAAUGCUAAAGUGGCAGUAACUCAAAAGCAAUGUGAACACAGAUAUCCUGACUUGGCCGGGAUGUAGUGAAGUAAUUGAUGGCUUCACGGAAGGUGUGUAAGUAGGAACGGGGCGGCAAGAGUGGAGAAAACAUAUUCCCAGGGCGAGAGCAAUACAGAGAUGUGCUAAUUACUUAUUUCACCUCUUGCACAGUUAAAAAAAAUAAAAACCCUACAAUUUUCAGAAUUUUGGGGCUUCUAUCUCCUAAACUGAUAAAAUACAUUUUAAACCUCAAAGAACAGCCUUAAUGAAGAAUAAAACAGUACAAUUUAACACUUCAGAAGAAGGAAUUUGAAAUCAGAUGUGCCUGAGUAGAAGAAGCCUGACUUCAUACAUCUGACUAAGCUAGGUGACUCUAAGUUACUUAACUGCUGGAAGGCCCCCUUUCCACAUUUCUAUGAAAGGUGGUUCGCAUAGUUAGAAGCAUAAAGAGAAAGUGUCCAUACACAGCAUUUAACAAGGCCAUGCCAGUCACAGGCAUCCAACAAGCAGGAACCAUUAGUUCAGCAUGUCCAGCCCUGCCACCUGCUAGACCUACAAGGUAUGAUCAAAACAUACAGUGAGUGCUGCUGCCGAGUGCCUUCCAGUGGAAAGGCGGGGGUCUUCACUAUGCGUGGAACCUACCCUGUUUCCCCGAAAAUAAGACCUAGCCAGACAAUCAGCUCUAAUGCGUCGUUU